AUGGAUGAAUUAUCGGAGCGUCUGGUGGCGGCCUCCCGCCAUUCAGCCUCCCCUCAUCCGGCUGGAGUUAUUGGCUACAAUUCAUUCACACUAGUACCAGGUGAGAAGAACAAGGUCAGUUUCACUGUUCAAACGAGUGAAACUGGUGGAAAGUGGGUGGAUGAUGACACGGCUACGAGGUGGUGGGAUCAGACCACAAAUGAAUGA